AUGGGGAACUCCCCGCCACGCCUACAGGUCACCGCCGCCCUCUGUGCACUCAUGCCCCUCUCAGUUCAGUGCCUACCCUCUCUCAUCCCGUCUUCUCCUCUCUCAACCCGUCGACCCCUCUCUACUCCCCCCCUCCCCUCUCUCAUCUGUCCUCCCCUCUCCACUCCCUCCCUCUCCUCUCCAACCCCGUCCUCCCCUCUCUCAUCCCGCCAUCUCCUCUCUCAUCCCUCCCGCCCCGGUCUCAUCCCGUCCCCCCCUCUCUCAUCCCUCCCUCUCCUUUCUCACCCCGACCUCUCCUCUGUCAUCCCUCUCUCUCCUCUCUCGUCACUGCCUCCCCUCUCUCACCCCUCCCUCUCCUUUCCCAUCACGUCCUCUCCUCUCCCAUCCCUCACUCGCCGCACUCAUCUCUCACUCUCAUCUCUCAUCCCAUUCUCCCCCUCUCAUCCCUUUAUUUACCCUCUCAUCCCGUCCCCCCCUCUCCCAUCCCUUACACACCUUUCUCAUCCCGUCCUCUCCUCUGUCAUCCCUCCUCAUCCCCCUCUCUCCUCGCAGGACCAUGUCCUCCCAUCUCUCAUCCCGCCAUCUCCUCUCUCAUCCCUCCCGUCCCUCUCAUGUACCUGUCCCUCCCUCUCUCAUCCCGUCCUCUCCUCUGUCACCCCUCUCUCCCCUCUCUCGUCACGACCUCCCCUCUCACAUCCCACCCUCUCCCCUAUCAUCCCGUCCUCCCCUCACUCAUCCCUCCCUCUCCUUUCCCAUCCCGUCCUCUCCUCUCUCAUCCCUCACUCUCAUCUCUCAUCCCUCCAUCUAUUGUCCCUUCCCCCGCUCUCUCAUCCCGUCCUCCCACUAUCGUCCCUUCCUCCGCUCUCGUAUCCCAUCCUCCCCUCUCUCAUACCGUCCUCUCCUCUCUCCUCCCUUCCUCUCCUCUCUCAUCCCGUCCUCCCCUCUCUCAUCCCUCCCCCUCCUCUCUCCUCUCGUCCUUUCCUCUCUCAUCCCGUCCUCACCUCUCCCGUCCCGUCCUCCCCGCUCUCUUCCCUUCCUGCUCUCUCCCAUCCCGUCCUCCCCUCUCUCAUCCCGUCCUCCCCUCUCUCAUCCCGUCCUCCCCUCUCUCAGCCCGUCCUCUACACUCUCAGCCCGUCCUCUACACUCUCAGCCCGUCCUCUACACUCUCAGCCCGUCCUCUACACUCUCAGCCCGUCCUCUACACUCUCAGCCCGUCCUCUACACUCUCAGCCCGUCCUCUACACUCUCAGCCCGUCCUCUACACUCUCAGCCCGUCCUCUACACUCUCAGCCCGUCCUCUACACUCUCAUCCCUCCCUCUACACGCUCAUCUCGUCCUCCCCUCUCUCAGCCCUCCCUCUCCAGUCGCGAUGGUGCCUCGCCAGCGCACAUGCCUUCGCGCCUCUUCCCUGCCGUCCACUCUGCCAACGCCCCCUCCCCUUUCUCCCUCCCCUUUCUCCCUCCCCUUUCUCCCUCCCCUUUCUCCCUCCCCUUUCUCCCUCCCCUUUCUCCCUCCCCUUUCUCCCUCCCCUUUCUCCCUCCCCUUUCUCCCUCCCCUUUCUCCCUCCCCUUUCUCCCUCGCUGCGCCCUCCUCCCCUUUCGUGCCAACGCCCCCUCCCCUUUCUCCCUCACCGCGCCCUCCUCCUCGGCCUCCCAUGCCCUUCGCAGCAUCAACAGGCCUGCAACCCCAAUCAGGGCGGUGGGGGCAGAGAGGGGCAGCGAGUGCGCGACCGCUGAAGGCGUGGCAGCUUCCUCACCAGGCUACGGGGGGGGUGUACGGGCUUACCGCACGCCUCCUGUUUCCACGUGUCUGGCGACGGUCUCCCGGACCCGCCCGCGCAUCCAGCAGCGGUAUGUGCGCGCACGGGGGAAGUCUUAG